AAAUAAAUAUAUAAAAAAAUAAUAAACCAAUAAUGGGUCUAAAAGGUUGUGAAAUUGUCUUAGAUAAUCCCUGGAAUACAUAUUAUGCUGGACAAACGGUCAAUGGACAAGUCAAUUUAACAUUCGAUUCGGCAAAGAAGAUACGAGGUAUCAUAAUAAAAUUCCUUGGUGAAGCCAAUACAGAAUGGUCUGAAACACGUAAAGUAACCAAUAGUGAGGGACGUGAUGAAGAUGAGACCACCACCUUCAAGGGACAUGAAGAAUAUUUCCAAAUUAAAUAUUAUCUAGUUGGUGGCAAGAAUAGUCCCGAAAUUGAAUUACCAGCCGGCACUCACACUUACCCCUUCACCUGUGCUUUGCCACCCACUCUACCCUCAUCAUUUGAGGGUGAAUUUGGUCAUGUUCGCUAUACAAUUAAAGUAACCCUCGAUAGACCCUGGAAAUUCGAUCAAGAUAUGAAAAUGGCAUUUACAGUUAUUGCCCCUGUCGAUUUGAAUCUCAAUCCUCGCGUCAAGGAACCUUUCAAAUUGGAAUUGGAAAAAUCAUUCUGUUGUUUCUGUUGCAAAUCUGGACCGCUGUCGGUUAUUACAACAGUUCCUGUUACCGGUUAUGUUUCAGGACAAAUUAUACCCAUAACCUGUGAAUGUGAUAAUGCUAGUAAUGUUAAAAUAAACACCGUCAAAUUUGUUUUACGUAAACGGGUAACGUUCCAUACCACACAACCGCGUGCCGAAAAGAAAGAAUCAAAAAUAACAAUUGCUGAGUUGGGUAUCGGACCGGUGGAGGGUGGUGAAUCGCGUACAUUUAGUCAACAAUUGGAAAUACCACCAUUGCCACCAACAAAUUUGGUAAAUUGUGGUAUUAUUGCAUUGGAUUAUGAUUUACAUAUUGAAUGUAAUGUCGGUGGACCACAUCGUAAUUUGACGGGAAAUAUACCCAUUACAUUGGGUACAAUUCCAUUAGCCUCGUUUCAACCACCAGCUCCAUAUACUGAUGUACCGGCACAAAUUUCACCUCAACAACAACUGCAACAAAAUGAUGAUCCAUCGAUGGCUCCAACACAGCCGGUUAGUCCUGCUAGUCCACCUAAUGGUCAGGGUGGUGCUUUGGGUUGGAAUGUGGCCGAUAGUGUUGGCGGGCAGAUUUAUCCAAAUAUACCUCCUCCCCAAUUUGUGGAGACCCAAUUCAAGGCUCCCACAAUUACAAAUCGUGAUGACUCGGAACACACUCGUGUUAUUGGUGGUGGUGAUUUUGCACCUCGCUAUCCCACUUUCCAAUUUAAUACCCCCACAGCGCCUCCAAAAAUGUAAAUCCA